GUUGUAAUAAACUAACACAUUUAAUACAACUUAAUUAACAAUAAUGUAUAAACUAUUUAUUUUAAUUACAUUAUCAUGUUCAAUUUAUUUGAGCAAUGGCGAGUGGGUACUGGAGUGGCAGGAUGAGUUUGAUGGUAAUACCGUAAACCUGGAUAACUGGGCGUAUUCCGAUAUGUGCGAGGGCAAAACUCCAUCUCAACCAUGGGGUAACCAUGAACUCCAGUGUUACGCCAAUGACAAAAAUAACGUGCGCGUGGAAAAGGGUAACCUCGUACUGACGGCUACGCCACUGAACACCCCUCAACGGGAGCACAACUAUACGUCAGGUAAACUGAUUGGCAAAAAGGGGUUUACUUACGGCAAGUUUGAGAUGAGGGGUCGGGUGCCCAAAGGCAAACACCUGUGGCCGGCCUUCUGGAUGCUGCCCAAGGACUUCGUGUACGGCUCGACGUUUGCCGCCUCC